GUUCGUACCUUGAUCUAACAACUCAUCAAAAUGGCUCCACCAGCAGCAAUGUUCAACGAACCUGCCAUCGACAGUGUUCCGUUGAAGAGCACUUUUGACGUCAAGACCUUUCCAGUCCAGAAUGGAAAGACCAAUACUCUCGCCGAACUUGCCGACAAGUGGGAGCAUGGCUUCACGUUUGCUCCUAUCCGCGAGUCCCAAGUCUCUCGAGCCAUGACUCGACGCUACUUCAAGGAUCUCGACACGUAUGCCGAAUCCGAUAUUGUUAUCGUCGGCGCUGGAUCUUGCGGUCUCAGCACUGCCUACAUGCUCGGAAAGUCUCGUCCUGAUCUCAAGAUUGCCAUCAUCGAAGCUUCUGUUUCGCCAGGCGGUGGAGCUUGGCUCGGUGGUCAACUCUUCAGCGCCAUGGUUAUGCGCAAGCCUGCUGAGGCAUUCUUGACCGACCUUGGAGUUCCGUUCGAGGAUGAGGGAGACUUUGUUGUCGUGAAGCAUGCUGCACUCUUCACCUCCACUCUCCUCUCCAAAGUCCUCUCCUUCCCGAACAUCAAGCUAUUUAACGCCACGGCGGUCGAAGACCUCAUCACUCGUCCUACCGCUAAUGGAGGCGUUCGCAUUGCUGGUGUGGUCACAAAUUGGACAUUGGUUACCAUGCACCAUGACGAUCAGUCAUGCAUGGAUCCCAACACCAUCAAUGCUCCUCUUGUGAUCUCUACCACUGGACAUGAUGGUCCUUUUGGAGCCUUCUCCGUCAAGCGCCUUGUGUCCAUGCAGCAGAUUGAGAAGCUCGGUGGCAUGAGAGGCUUGGAUAUGAACACGGCCGAAGAUGCCAUCGUCAAAGGAACCAGAGAAGUGGUCCCCGGCUUGAUUGUUGGUGGAAUGGAACUGAGCGAAGUGGAUGGUGCCAAUCGCAUGGGACCUACAUUUGGUGCAAUGGCUCUCAGCGGCGUGAAAGCUGCCGAAGAAGCCUUGAAGGUCUUCGAGGAAAGGAAGAUGGAGAAUGCUUACUAGGUUGAGAUGGGUCAUAUGACCACAGCUUCAUGUAUCGAAAUACGCACAUAUUGGAUAGCAGGCAUGAAUCACGCUCUUUAAAGCAUACACAC